AUGACACCUCAACAUCCAGAUAACAUUUGGACUGAUCAAGAAAUAGGAGACAACGAAAGUCUUAUGGACCUCGAUAACGUCCAGACUGGUCAAGAAAUAGGAGACAAUGAAAGUCUUAUGGACGUCAAUAACGUCCAGACUAGUCAAGAAAUACCUCAUGUGAAGAAGACUCAUCACUUCAGACCUGGCACAGUUGCCCUCUGUGAAAUCAGGAGCUAUCAGAAAUCCACCGGGCUGCUCAUCCGCAAGCUCCCCUUCCAGAGGCUUGUGCUGGCUGCCAUUCACGCCCCGAGAGUCACCAUUCAGCCCAAGGAUCUUGCUCUUGCUCGCCGUCUCCGGAGCGAACGUUCCUAA